AUGAGCAAUUUUGAAGAAGCGACAAGACAAUUAUUAACUAUUCCGCCGGAUUUCGUACCAUACAUGGAAAAACACAGAUUAUAUGAAUUCUUUUAUGAAUUAGUGACGCAAUUAUUGAUCCAGCAGCCAGAUGACCCAAUAGUAUUUAUAAAACAAAGUGUCCAGCACAUUAUACGAAAACGAGAUAUUCCUAGAGUUAUUCUUAUAGCUCCUCCGAGUUUCGAUAAAAUGACUCUUGCAAAAAUUCUUCAAAAGGAAACUGGGAUUUGUCCUGUUACCUUAGAAGAUCUUUAUGCUUCAUCUCCUAUUGAAAACAUGUGUCACUGCUAUGAUGCUAAUGAGAUCGCAGACAGAAUGAAGAAACUGUUAAUAUCAGGAAUACUUCAUGAAUCUGGAUGGAUAUUAGUUGAUAUACCAAGAAAUAAAAAGGAAGCACGUGCAAUGCAGUAUGUCGGCAUAAUACCAACACACGUGAUACAAAUUAUAUCAUCCAGUGUAGAAGAUAAGACUCGAGAAAAAAGUCCUCGAGGAUCAGGUCAUCGUUCUUUGGCAAAACAUGUAUCUGAGAGAUUUAAUCUCGUUCAUGUUGAUUUCAAUAAUAUCUUGGAAGAAGCAUGUUUGCGAGAGACGGCUUUAGGUGAAAUGCUGCGAAUGUGCGAUCACAGAUGUGCACAAAAAAUAAAAUCAGAAGCGCGAGUACAAAUUAUUGAGCGGUAUGUACUCGAAUCUGAUUGUCUCAAGAGAGGAUGGAUUUUGACAAGUUAUCCUAAAACUGUGGAGGAGUUCAAGCUCCUAGAUAUGAUAUCUACACCACCCAAUAGAGUCAUCGUCCUCGAAAUAGACAUACAAACGUGCAGAAAAAGACUUUUAAAUCAUGAAUGCAACUUUACCAGUGAGCAUGAGUUCUCGUGCGAAUCUUCGGUGACAGAUCCUGACUAUAAAUUAGAUGUUCAUUUCAAUAAUUAUAAAGACAUCAUCGAACAAGAUCUUCAGGAAUACAAAGAAAAUAUAGAUGCCAUAUUGCAAUACGCGGGGGAAACUGCGUCCAUAAUAAAUGCGACAGGUGAAAGAAAGUGCGUGAAGGAAAGACUGGAAGCGUGUCUGAUGCGUCCAGCACCGUCUGCGAAACCCAGGAUUCCCUAUCCACCUCCUACGAUCGAUCCAAUGGACAUAGAAUUUGAUCCUGACGACGAACCCGACCUAAGCAUCUUCGAUGACAUACGAGCACCAGAGCCUAAAUAUUCUUUCAUUUAA